CCCCUAGCCGCGUGCACAUUAAAUAAACUCCCACGAGAGUGAGGAUGGAAGCAUCUUUGUGGAUCCCAGUUCUCGGCAGAACUUCUUUCGAUGGUAAACCAACAGGCCGUUUGAUGUAAACAGUUCAUUUAAUAUAACAGAGGAAACUACGAAACAUAAACAAUUGAAACAUGCAUGAUUUUUAUUACCUUUAAACAAUUCUUAUUUUCUGAGACUCGAUUUUGUAGCAGGCCAGUAUUAAUCUCACACGAACUACCGUUUUUCACGGCUUGAGCACACCGGACUUUUGUUAAGUCCAGGAUCAUGAGAGUCCCGAGGAAACUAGAACUCAGUCUUAUUUGCACCCGAACGCUCCUCAUUUUCUUUAGUUUACUUCCAUUUCUUACCACUGCACAAGAAGAGACGUUUGGGAACAUCUCGGAUGAUGACAUGUUUCAGAAAGCAAGAACAAAGCGUUUGGCAUCCUCAUCUCACUCCACUGGUUAUUGGUCAUUUGUUCAGCCUAUCUCUCCGUUUUUUGACAAGAGUCCACCUACUAACAUCACCACUCAGCAGGGGCAGACAGUAUAUUUGAACUGUGUGGUCAACAAUUUGGGGGAUAAAACUGUAUCCUGGAUUCGAAGAAGGGAUCUUCAUCUUCUAACGGUUGGAACUGAAACUUACAUCAACGAAGACAGGUUCAGUUCUGCACAUAUAGAAGGAGGUCAAGACUGGCCUCUAAUGAUCAAAUACCCACAGACAACAGAUGCGGGGAUCUACGAGUGCCAAGUUAGUUCCGAUCCGAAAAUCACGUUUCUAGUUCAACUAAAUAUUGUUGUACCAAAAGCAGAAAUUCUUGGUCCACAUCCAAUGUAUGUGAAGAUAGGAAGCUCCAUUAACCUCACGUGUGUCAUCAGUGAGAGCCCAGAGCCUCCAAUGUUUGUAUUUUGGUAUCAUAAUAAACGUAUGGUCAACUACGACAAAGAAGGUGGAGAGAUAUCAUUGCAAAAGGCCAGCGAUGAUUCCGCCAUCAGUACUCUGUACAUAAAAAAUGCUCAACCUACUGAUUCGGGGAACUACACCUGUGGACCCUCCAAUGCUGAGGCCACGAGCAUCUCCGUUUUCUUUCUACAUGGAGAAAAACCAGCAGCUAUUCAGCGGGAUACAAGUGCAUCGUUGUCGUCCUCAAGCAGUCAUCAUGAUCGUUGUGUUACUUUUGUUGCCAUUGUUUCAUGGGCUCUUCUAAGGUGACAUCUGUGCUACGUUUCAGCUAUUUGUUUAUUUCCCUUUUUGUCAUGGCAGCCUACUGUUAUAUCGAGAUAUCUUUUAAAAUUGGUGUACGAAGAUCUUGUGGAUGAUAUAGCCCCAUUUAUAAAAAUGGUGAUCUAUGUAUUAGAUGUCUGAAAAAAAAAUAUGUAACAGUGCAGUGAACAAUGAGUGGAGUUAAAAAAAUAUAAUGUACACAGGGCUUUUUUUCUAUGCUCGUGACUUUUCGAAUAUGAUAAGGGUUGUAAAUACUCAUUCUUGUUUGUGUAUAAUGCUUAGUUGGUAAGCCCUAAAAGCGAGCACAUCUAAAGGUAUACAUUAACGAUAGUUGAGUGCACUAAAAUAUCUCGUAUGUGUUUUGAAAUUAAAGACAUCAAACAAUACAAACACAGCACAAGUGAUGUAACUUGAAGGUGUUUUGCAAUCAUAAAUUUAUUAAAUAAAAACUUGAAUUAUUACAUGAAAUAUUUUAUUGAGAUAAAAUUAUUUUCCAUGUAAUACUGAUGAUAGUUCUGGAAAUUGCACUGUAAUCCAGUGAUGUCUAAAUAUCUUCCAGAGCUUAUCUCAAAGAUUGAAAAAAUAGUCAUAAACUGUAAAUAAAACCCUUCAAUAUAUGGUAAGAGAUAUCACUUGACUAAAUAUAUAUUAAUCUGAGAAACAAAAUUAUUCGUUUUAGUGUAUUUAAAGAUAGUUUCUUUAGGUUUUUUUCUUGUGAAGAUAUGAUGUCGUUUAACGUGAUGAUAACUUGUAUGAUAUUCGAGUAAAUUUCACACACUGUUAAAAGAAGUACAGUAAUUCACUACAUUUCCACUGAUAAUUUCCAUAUUUUCGGCAUGUAUGAAGAAAGAUCCUGUCUCAGACAUCCUUUAUUCCGAGACACUGAAUGCUCAAUCAAAGUUUAUUAGAAAGGCAACUUGUAAUGUAUUAGUUUUACUUGAAUAUAAACAGUGAUUUGGUAC